CGGGAGCCUGGGCUUCCAACGGGCCACUGGGGGGACAGAGUCCACGGUCACGGUCUCUGGAGCUGCCCCGAGGCGUCCCAAUGUCCGCGUCAGGGCGGCCAGCCCUGCCCACCCUGCUGCUGGCCGUGGCCGUGUCUUCUUUCUGCUCGGCCACAUCCGGAGACGAAGCACGAAACCGGCUGUUGAUGAGAGAGAAGAUGAUGCGGAUCGGGGGGCAGCUGGUGCUGAAGCAGGAGGAGGAGCUGGCCAACCAGAGGCUCGGGGCCCUCAAGGAGGCCGAGAUGCAGGAGGCCCUGAGGACGGGGAGUAUCCCACCCAGCAUGCACUUCUUCCAAGCCAAGAGCCUCAUUGAGAAAAGUGCGGUGUUCAACAUCCUGAAGAAGAUGCCAAAAGGGGCUGCCUUACACGUCCACGACUUCAGCAUCGCCAGCGCGGACUGGCUGGUGAGAAACGUCACCUACAGGCCCCACUGCUAUUUCUGCCUCACCCCGAGGGGGACCCCGCAGUUCAGAUUUGCUCGCUCGACUCCCCCCACCCUGAACACAACAGAAUGUCCCCAGUGGGUUUUGCUGGAGAAGUUUCGAAAGGGGCUGCUGAACAUCACCGAGUUUGACCACAGCCUGCUGAGGAAUUUCACUCUGAUGACCGAGAACCCCCAGGCGACUUAUGCAAACCAAGAUGCGGUCUGGGCCAAGUUCGAGACCAUCUUCUUCGUGAUCGCGGGCCUCGUGAGCUAUGCCCCGGUAUUCCGAGACUACAUCUCCCAGGGCCUGGAGGAGUUCUACCAGGACAACGUGCUCUACCUGGAGCUCAGAGCCAUGCUGUACCCGGUGUAUGAACUGAACGGGACGGUCUACAGCCCAGAGUGGUCGGUGAGGUUGUACGAAGAAGUGGCUCGUAAUUUUGCAAAAGAGCAUCCUGGGUUUAUUGGAAUCAAACUCAUUUAUUCGGAUCACAGGUCCAAAGAUGCGUCCGCCAUCACGAAAUCCAUCCAGACAGCCAUGGAACUUCGAGCCAAGUUCCCCGGGAUGGUGGCGGGGUUUGACCUGGUGGGGCGAGAGGACACGGGCCACUCCCUGUAUGACUACAAGGAGGUUUUGAUGAUUCCAGCCUCGCAGGGCAUUAAGCUGCCUUACUUCUUCCACGCCGGAGAGACAGACUGGCAGGGUACUUCCGCAGACAGAAACGUUCUGGAUGCCCUGUUACUGAACUCGACCAGGAUUGGCCAUGGGUUUGCUUUGAGCAAACACCCGGCCGUCUGGGCUGAGGCUUGGAAGAAGGACAUCCCCAUCGAAGUCUGUCCCAUCUCCAACCAGGUUCUGAAGCUGGUGUCUGACCUGAGAAACCACCCUGCAGCCGUGCUGAUGGCCACCGGGUACCCCAUGGUCAUCAGCUCUGACGACCCCGCUACUUUUGGAGCCAAAGGCUUGUCCUAUGAUUUCUACGAGGCCUUCAUGGGCAUCGGGGGGAUGACGGCCGACCUGAGGACCCUCAAACAGCUGGCCAUGAACUCCAUCAGGUACAGCGCCCUGUCGGAGAUGGAGAAGAAGUUUGCCAUGGCAACCUGGGAGGAGAGGUGGCAGAAGUUUGUGGUUGAGCUGGCAAGGGGCCCCAAGUGAGGAGACGGCCGUCUGUCACCCGCUGCCUCUGCUUCCCUCCGCCCGGGCCUCACCUUCUCUCAGCCGGUCUGGAACCCGGGGAAGUCACCUCCGUCUCUUUACCAGAACGACCCGCGAAGGUCACCCUCAGCCUCCACCUUGCCCAGCCUCUCAGAGCCCUCAUCAGUGGACCCCACUCACCUGGUGGAAUGUCCUCCCUCGGCCUUGGUGACACAACCCCUCCGGGUUCCUGCUUCCCUCCGGCCGCAGCUCCUGGGCCCCCGUCCCCAAGCUCCUCUCGGCCUGAUCUCGGGUGGGCGUCCCUCAGCUCAGCCCUGCGCUUUUGUCUCGGCUGCUUUCCUCCCCUUUCCGCACUCUUCUCCUGGGUGGUCUCGUCCACUCCUUCCCUUUAAGAAACCACGUACUUGUUGCUGAUUCCCAAACCUGUUGAUGAUUCCCAAACCUGGGAUACACUCGAUGGUCCCCAGGAGCCUCGGAGACCGGCUCCGAGCAACGCUUCCCUCCCAGCCGUCUCGGUGGCUGGCGUCUCCGUCCACGCGGCGCAGCGGUGGUCAGAGGAGUCCGUGCUGCUCCUGGUCGCCCCCCUCCCCUCCACCGCUGCUGCCUGGCCUCCAGCCGCUGUAUCCACACUGGCCCGACCCCCAACAGUCCCUAGCUGGUCUCCCUCUUCUCUUUGCCCUUUCCAGCUCCUUCUCCCCGGAGCAAUGACUGUUUAAAGUUAAAUUAGGGGCUUCCCUGGUGGCGCAGUGGUUGAGAAUCUGCCUGCCAAUGCAGGGGACACGGGUUCGA